UAGCGGCUUGAGUCGAGUUCCUCAACAUUUGUUUUCGCCUCGUCAUUGCAGGACGACUUCGUUGUUCAAUUCAUCUUCUUGAUAUCCCCCCUCUCAUCCAUCUUUCAACAUCAUGGCCAUGCAAGCAUUGCUAAAGAGGGACACGGGACUGGAUCUGGACUCCUCGAAGUUGAGCCAUCGAGCCCAGGCUUCGUACACGCCUCAUCUCUCCACCGAAAUGGAAACUAUGAUGCCCAACUUUGACAAUUCUUUCAAUUUGUCCAAUGGACCUUUUGACAACCCUGCGGAUCAAUUAGGCGAUCAUUUAAGCGACGAGCAUGGUAAACCCGUGAACAUGCACUUUGCCCAUGGCACCACGACCUUGGGCUUUAAGUACAAGAACGGAGUGAUUUUGGCUGUGGAUUCCAGAGCCACGGGUGGCAUGUUCAUCUACUCGGGCACGGUCAAGAAAAUCAUCGAGAUCAACCAAUUCCUGUUGGGCACCAUGGCCGGUGGGGCUGCGGAUUGUAUCUAUUGGGAGCGCGUGUUGUCCAAGCAAUGUCGUUUGUAUGAGUUGCGAAAUCGCGAGCGCAUUUCGGUCGCAGCUGCGUCCAAGCUUCUUUCGAACAUUGCAUAUAACUACAAGGGGAUGGGAUUGUCCAUGGGCGUGAUGAUUGCUGGAUUUGACAAGCGAGGCCCUGGACUCUAUUACGUGGAUAGCGAUGGCUCUCGAUCGGAUGGUGAAGUGUUCUCCGUGGGAUCGGGGUCCAUUUAUGCCUAUGGUGUUUUGGACAAGGGCUACAAGUACGACUUGGAAGAUGAAGAAGCCUACGAUCUGGGUCGACGUGCUAUAUAUCACGCCACCUUCAGGGAUGCAGCCUCGGGAGGCGUAGUUCAAGUGUAUCACAUGACUAAGGACGGAUUCAAGGUGAUUUCUCGCGAUGACUCCAAGGAUCUGCACUAUCGAUAUGCUGAGGGCAAGGCUGUAUGAUUCCAAGCUGUCCUCUUUGAUUGUUUCUUACCAUGUAAUACUAAGACACGAUAACAAAUAAAAGGUCUUAUGAAAAUUGUUGUGGACUA